GCCGCAUAGGAGUGUCCAAGACGAUGUAUAUGAGGGUCACUUCAUACCCAAGGGCACCAUUGUCAUCGCCAAUAUCUGGGAACUCAAUCGUGAACCUGAGCUCUUCGGUACUGAUGUCAACCGCUUCAAUCCCGCUCGUUACCUGGAUGAGAAAGGUGCUUUGAAGGCGGACUUUGCGGAGGCGAAGGACGAGUAUCACUUCACAUUUGGGUUUGGACGACGGAGCUGCGUCGGCAAGCACGUGGCGGUGAAUACUCUGUUCAUCGAGAUCGCGACUUGCCUAUGGGCCUGCUCUAUCUCUAACGUCAAAGGGCAAAAGUUCAACGUGGACGGAUUCUUUGAAGCCGGCCUUACGCUUCGUCCCGAGCCCUUCGAAGUUGACGUACAGGAACGUUUCCCAGACGCGUUAGCUCUUCUAUCGCAGGAGUGCGAGCUUCGUGGUGUUUAG